UUAUUUUACUAUAAUUAAGGUUCUUGAAUGAUUAGUUUUCUGCAUUUGUAUUAUUUAGAAUUAAAACAAGCAGUUGGUAAAUUUUGCAAAGUACCACAGAGAAGAGAUAAUGAAAAGCAAAGACAAGAUACACGAGAUGAUGUUUAUACAACUAGUAAAAAAUUUCAUAAGAUGGCUCUACAUUAUUAUGCCAGUUUAAAUGCUCUUCAAUACAAAAGAAAAAUUGCUUUAAUUGAGCCUUUGUUAGGUUACUUACAUUCUCUGAAAUCUCAUUUUGCUGUUGGGUAUGAAGCAUUGAAUACACCAGAAGUGGAAUCCUUUCUCUCUAAUAUUAGCACAAGUGUCCAAGGGUAG